AUGGUCGAGCUGGUCUUCAAGAUGGCUUCUCCUUCUUCCUUUGCGUAUCCAGUUGAGCUGCGUCCAUGUGCCAAGUCCCUCCAUGCUCCUCAUGUCCCAUAUGCUCCAGAAUGCUCCAAAAGACCUAUUUCAAAGGACCAAACAUGCAUAUUGCCCCCCAAAGAACUGGGAGGCACUAGGUCGUGGUCUGGAGAUGGUAGACGGCCAUCAGGAGCACUCCACUCGACUGGGUUCGGCUCACUCGAUCGAGCUUGCGGCUCCUCUUCCUCUCUUCUUCAUCGAAAGUGUGUGUGGCUUCCUUGGCCUUGGUGGAGCUGGCUUGCUCGAACUGUAGGGGUCCAGUCUGAGAGAAGUCCUGGUAGGCGUUGGAUCGUACUCGAAUCCGGUUCUCAAACAGGGGCUCCUCCAGGUCAACUCGACCCUCAGCUCGAUCGAGUUGAGUUUCCUCUGUUUGGACUCGAUCGAGUCCGGUGGUCGAGUUGGAGCGUCUGGCCUUGGAAGUCUUCCUCCUUCUCUGAGUUGUCUUCUCCUUCCCUUGGCUCGAAAGAAGAGGCUCUGUGA